AUGGAAGGUAUGCCUAGAACUCUGUCUAAUGCGGACCAUCCUUCUGAGGUUUCGGUAGACACGGCCAUAGGAGAACCAUCUCCUUCACCUCCAGAGCAUCCUCCACGUCGUACGGGACGAGCCACCCGACCACCGACCUGGACCAAGGAUUAUAUCUGUGCCUCCCUUAAUUCGCCAGAUGACAUUCUUAUUAUGGGAAAUGAUGAAGCUGCGAUAGAGAAUCUUAAGAAAUAUUUGCAUACCACAUUCCAUAUAAAAGAUCUGGGAGCACCAAAAUACUUUCUUGGAAUUGAGAUUGCCAGAUCUCACCAAGGAAUUUCUCUCAGUCAGAGGAAGUUUGUAUUAGAAAUUAUAUUAGAAGCAGGUUUAUCAGGAUGCAAACCAGCAGUUAUUCCAAUCAAGCAGAAUACCAGAUUAAUUGCAGCGGAUCAUGACAAGGAAACAUCACGGGAUGAUCCUAUUCUUAAAGAUCCAACAAGUUAUCAGAAACUCAUUGGAAAACUCAUAUACCUGACUAUGACCAGGCCUGAUAUAUCGUAUGCAGUGCAAAAUCUCAGCCAAUUUAUGCACAAACCGAAGGAAUCUCACAUGAAUGCUGCCUUGAAGGUUGUAAAGUAUUUGAAGAAGUGUCCAGGAUUGGGAAUACUUUUGUCUAGAAAAUGCAACAUGGAAAUGACAGCAUAUUGUGAUGCAUAUUAUGCGACUUGCCCUAUGAGUCGAAGAUUUGUCUCUGGUUUUUGCAUUAAACUAGGAGAAUCACUUCUUUCAUGGAAAACCAAGAAGCAGGCAACGGUUUCUUUAUCUUCAGCCGAAGCAGAAUAUCGAGCCAUGGCAAAAACCACAUGUGAGAUUGUGUGGAUACGAGGUUUACUUGGAGAUCUUGGAAUACAAGUUAAAGGGUCGACAAAACUGUACUGUGACAACGAGUCGGCACUAAAGCUUGCAGCCAAUCCCAUAAUGCAUGAAAGAACCAAGCAUAUAGAAGUAGAUUGUCACUUCACUCGAGAGAAAAUCCAAGAAGGGAUAAUCGAGACAAGAGGGAUUGGAACUGUUGAACAACCGGCGGACAUUUUUACCAAACCUCUAUGUUCAAGACAGCAUGCAUAUCUACUAAGCAAGUUAGGCAUCUUAGAUAUCUACAAGCCACCAGCUUGA